AUGGCAGAAACUAUAGCAGCUGCAAAUGGAAUUCCAAACUCCACAACAAUGUCAACGUUAGAGCCAACCACGCAUAUCCCAAUCGCGCAGCUUACGCCAUUACUGCCAGCGUCAGCUUCGAGAUCAGUAAAAGCGGUAGUGACUCUCACAUGGCCAUAUAGUUCCCGUACGGGUUCUGUGGCUUUCUUACUUGCCGAACCCGAUUUCCGCUUGCGCAGAAUCAGAGGCCAAGUGCGCGUACAGUUUUCAGGAUCGUCUGCGAAUGCUAUUGCGAAAUCUGGUAUCACUAGUGGAGAUGAAGUGAUCUUAUGUUUAGAUGGAGUGGAAUAUGUGGGAACUGAAGCUCCAAGUGCGACACCUGGAAGGGGUGUGGAGUUUGAAUUAAAGUUCACAGACAAACUGCUACUCCAGUUUCGCCCUGAAGAUUCUCAAGACGUCAAGUUUAUCAGCAUCGAAAAACCAGAUCCCGAAGCUGUUCAGACAAAUGCGUCCCCGCCCACCCCAGCGAUAGAUCUAGAGACCGAAAACCAAACCCCAGAAAUCCCAGCAACGCCUGUUUCAUUUUUCAAGCAAGUGGCUUCACAGAAUGUAGAGGAGUACUCCUCUCCGGCUUUCCUAAAACGUGAGCGAUUAUCAUACGGUUCAAUGUUCGAAGAAGGCUAUGAUCCAUUUGACGUUGAAGAUGGGUCAGUCCGUGGUAAAGGUAGGAAGAGAACUAGACUCAGCACAUCAUGGCGAUUUAUGAGCAGGUCACCAAGUCCCAGUCCAGAGGUCGAAGAGCCGAUGGCAGCAUCUUCUGAGAAUGGUGUUGAGGAGCCAGUGAACCAACAUGCGCCAUCAAUGACGGAUGAGGGUGUUCAAACUAUAGAGCUUGAAACUGAGGUGGUUGCCGAAGCGACGCAAACACUAGACCAAGAUCAGCCUAGGAUGACUGAGGAAGCGGAGACAAAUGGCAUUGUGCAGGCUGUGUAUGCAGAAGAUCCAUUACAGGGAACACCACAGGUCGAAGAUGGGAACACAAAUCCAAUGCCGCCUCCACAUAAAGUGACUGAUUCUAUCGUUCCAGACAUUGAGCCACGGGAAAUCUUGUCGGACAAAAUAGUUGAAAAGUUACCUUCUUCCCCACAACUACGACCUUUGGCAUCAGAAGGUCUUCCUUUAGUCCCUCCACUGGUAACAAACCGAGCUGAGAAGUUCAACAACUAUAUACACAAUGAGCAUGCUCAAGACCUCGAAAUACCAAAUGCUCCAGAUGCGCUUCCAUCAGAGUCUGAUACACCGAUAUCAGGUCACAGAGAAGAAGGUGAUGUGUAUGAUGCCAGUCCUCUGCAUCACUCAAACAAUCAGUCGAAGUCGGACCAGACAACCUAUAAUACCUCGUCAAUUCUUUCUGGAGAUCAGUAUGACACCCUAAAUACUCAGAGCACGCUUCCUCCUCACCAGCAACGUCAAAAUGAGGUUGAGGACGGUGCUGAUCAAUUAUUUGCCCCGUACAAUGCUCCUGGGCCAGAUUCCUAUACGUCAGUCGGCGUUUACGAAGAGAUACAGGAAGAACAAGGCCGAUUCGUUCCCCCCGAAAUGGAGGAGGGCAUGGAUCAAUACAACUAUCCCGAUCCAGAGCAGACUUACACAGAACCAGACAAUUGGACAACUCAGCCUAGCAUGGCCUAUCCCGAUUUUGGAGACAGUCAUCAACAAAGUGCCAGUUUAUACCAUCAAUUUCCCUCCGCGGCAUCUAUGAUUCGGUCUCAAAGCGAUCAAUCUCAUCGAUCUAGUCACACCAAUCAAUCGCAUCACUCUCCCCCAUCUCAAGUUGUAGACUUGACCGAGAGUAGUGAUGAGGAUGCAGAUGAGGAUGCAGAGGGAUUUCUUGAAGUCGAAGAUAGUAGUGAGCAGCAGCUGUCCAACUCGGCUUUCCCGGUGGAGCAUGGCGAACAAGGUCUCUACUAUGAUACAAGGGAAGAAGAUCUUGACGAGAAGAUUACUUCCGAUGAUCAGAACGAAACAGAUGACUAUGGACAAGGCUACUUUGACGAAAAUGAUGAGAAUAUAGAUUCGAUGGGUAGAGGCAACUAUCCCGAAGAUUAUGAAAACGGCAGUGAAGAAGAUUACGAUGAAGAUAGUUAUAGUGAGGAUGAGACAAGUAAUCAAGCGCCAGUAAAGCAACAGCCCGAGGUAAUAGAUCUUUUGUCCUCGGAUGAUGAAGAUGAGGAGCCAGCGAAAGCCCCAGUUUCUCAAAUCAGAAACAAUGUUAAGAUUGACGAGAAAAUUGGAUCGGGGGAAGAGUCAGAGGAAUACGAGGAUGACGGAGAGGAAGAAGAGGACGACGAAGAGGAGGAAGAGAAAGAGGGAGAUGGAAGUCUGGAUAUUGUUGGCGAACAAGUUCAAAAUGUUAGCAUUCGCUCUACAAAGUCCCAAGAAUUCGUGAAGGAGUCUUCGGAAGAGUCAGUUGAAGAGGAGCCAAUGGCAAGUGAAAGAAUGCUAGUCAAUGACUGCAUCGACACCAUCAAACACGACGCAGAAAUGCCUGAAAAUGUAUUGAAUACAUCGGGCUCUGGUCUUGACGCGCAAAUGGAUGCAGAUGAAAGCGUGCCUGAGCCAGAGGGCGCAAAGCAAUCUCCACCACAAGAAAAUCUCGAGGAUGAAACGGCUAUCGAACUAGAUUCUACUGAGCCUAUGGAUAUCGAGACCAGUAUAUCCAAUCCAUCUGCUGCCAUUGACAAAAUGGAUAUCGAUAAUACUACAGACAAUCUCGACGGUUUACUCGAAAAGCUAGAGGAAGUGGGUUCAGAACAACAGCUGGAACAGGGUUCUGCAAAUAUCAACAGUGAUGGACCCCAGAGUGAUGAUGAAAUUUUCAAGAACGGCGUCGAGACUGUUGAAAAUGAGGAUAUUGAACAAAAUUCGAAUGAAGCACAUGUUGAGGAGACUUCUUCACAAGGACCCAAACCAAUCGAAAUGACGGACGAUAUACGAACAGCGACCGAAUUUGUACCUGGCCGUAUACUGGCCGGUGGCAAUGCAAAUACUAUGAGUGUUGCACUCGAAAAUCUCCUACCAUCGCCAAUCACCUUAGAGACUUCUAAUGUUUCACCCGUACCCAUUUCCACAGAUCAAAGUAUUAAGGAUCGAGCUGCCAAGUCUGGUUGGGCAAGGUCUCCUAAAGGGUCUACCCUGUUUUCGAGAACUUUUGGUAUAGAUGGCGCAAACGAUACGAGCGAUGCAAAUGAUGCCAGUGAUGAGGGCAACAAAGAUAAAAAAGAUCUAAUCUCUUCUCCUGCGAUGCCAGCAACUGAAUUAGAAGACAAACCAGAGUUGAUUGAUGAAUCAGAGCAGGUGUCACAGUCCCAAAGCACUACUAAUGCCAUUGAUACCACCCCAGACCAUCAGAAUGAUCAGCUUCCAACACCUGACGAUACCCAAAAGCAGAUCAUCGAUGAGAACAUUGAUGAGAAUAUUGAUGAGAAUGUUGAUGAGAAUGUUGAUGGGGACGAUGAUGAGGACGAUGAUGAGGACGAUGAUGAGGACGCAUUAACUUCGAUGUCAGAUCUACUUCAACUUCAGUUACAAGAAGAGAUGGGGGAGAUGGAUGAAGAUACAGAUAUGAUGAAAACUGAUGCAGGCGUCGAGAAGCAUUCAUCAUCGGACUUACUUGAGAAUGAAGACACAAAUUCUUCUCAAGGGGAGCCUGACACGAUUUUAUAUACAGCUCCAGGCACAGGUGCGAUAGACGAAGACGACGAAAUGAUUGAUCCCGAGUCCGAAGACAUAGAGGUUCAAUUUACCAAGACAGAAAUACUUGAGCUCAAAGAGUUCGAAACUACUGAGAUCGAGGUCAGGAAGGUCAGCGAAGAGAUUAUCGAGGACGAUAUAGCAGGGAUUGCGGAGGAAGACGAUGUUGAGGUAAAUCAAGGAGAAAAUUACGAAGAGAUAGAUUCAGUAGUUGAUGAAGAUGAGGAGUCUGGGAAGAGAGAUUUGGAGAUGCAUGAAGGUGGAGCGUUCGAAGAGGGAGUUUCGGAUGUUGGUGAAGAUGAGGUAUUCAGGGAGGGCGCUUCGGAUGUUGAUGAGGAUGAGGCGUUUAGGGAGGGCGUUUCGGAUGUUGAAGAUGAAGAAUCUGGAGAGGGAGAAGGAGAGAACGAGGCGUUUAGGGAGGGCGUUUCGGAUGUUGAAGAUGAAGAGUUUGGAGAGGGAGAGGCGGAGAUCGAACAAAUCGAAAUUAGUGUCAGGGAAGCCGAAACAACGGAGUUCAAAACCCAACAGACUCUUGCAAAGUUGGCCGAAAACAGUAUUUUCGAGAAAGACUUCAAGAAUUUUGACGUCAGGGAAGAAUAUGUCGAGCAAACCAUUGAGGAGACUGAAGCUGUCGCCGAUGAAACCGAAGCCUUUGUGUCGGAGAAAUUCAGACGAGCACCUUCCAAUGCUUUAUCUUCCUUAAGAAGUCGAAGCCGCAAAGAAUCUACACCUGAAUCUAGGAAGAGCAAAAAAGAAUCAACACCGGUCAGCCCUAGACAAACAUGGUCCAGCAAAAAUCUUUCACUUUCACCUGAUUUCAAGAGGAGUAGGAAAGGAUCAGCGACUGUAAGUCCUAGACAAACACGGUCUAAGAAGUUGGAGUCAGUUGUGGAGGGCAUCCCUCCUUUUACACCAAUAAAGUCCAACAAAGAGAACGAGAGGUCAUCUACACGUGGUAGCAAUCGGUCUAAAAGGUCACCAUCUCUAGUUCUUGACGAAGAGAAAACACCAAAGGGUCCGGAUACGAGCGCUGAAAUGGCAAUACUUGGAUUGCCCGAAUCGCCUACAAAAGCUGGCCAUCACCUAAGAGCACCAGCAACUACCGAUCCAAAACUCCGUCUGACCAAAUAUCUUCGUACCGAUUUGAGUGAAUACACAACUCUCAAAAUGCUUCGUUUCAAAAUGAAUUCCAAACUGGAUAUUUUGGCAAUCGCUACAAGUGUACCUACUGAACCUCAAAGAGCGAAGUCGGGACCGAGACACUACACUAGCACCUUCACCAUUACCGAUCAAACUAUAGCUCCUUCCGGCGUAGUGGAAGUAAAAAUCUUCCGUCCAUACAGAGAUGCUCUCCCCACACCUGAAAUUGGAGAUGGUAUAUUACUGAGAGAUUUCAGCGUCUUAUCAGUCAAAGGCAGAGGUUUCACAUUGAAAUCUGAAGAAGAGAGUAGCUGGGCAGUGUUCAAGGAUGAGGGUACAGAAAUAGAAGUUCGGGGACCUCCUGUUGAAUAUGGUCAUGGGGAAAAGAAACACAUGAAAGAAUUGAGAGAGUGGUUUCAUGCACUCGAUGAUCGUCAGAAGACGAAGUUAGAGAAGGUUAGUGCAGCGAUGGAGAAGGAUCCUCAGGGAAAGAGUACCACGGAAAAGGGAAAGAAGUGA